AUGAGCUCUGUUCCAGAGUUCCCAUUCUAUUUCAAGCAGCAAAUUACCAUUUCGAAUAAAGAAGGAAGAACAGGGAUUAUCACUUACUGGUCAAAACGCAAUUCUAUUGAAGAAUUGUUGAAUAAACUUGAACUUUCUGAAGAAGAUCGAGCUUCAUUGCUGUGUAUCGGAAACCUUUACACAUUUGAUGGCUUAAAAUACAUCAUUCUUAAUUCCUUCCUCUCAAAUAAUAUUAGUUCAUAUGUCUUUUAUGGUAAUGAUAUGAACAAAAUUAAAGAGCAAGCAAGAAAUAUGUUCACCAAAGAUUCUGAACAAUAUAAUGAAAUAAAGAAACAACUCAUUCAGAACUGCGACGCAGAUGUUGAUUUUAUCAUGAAUACAUUUGUAGAUAGAUUUAAAGAUCAUAUAUAUUUUGUCGAUUUCGGUCAGGAACAAGCAUUAGCGGAAACAAUUCAUCAAUGCCGCGAUAUACCAGCUCGUCAAAUUACUUUGACAUUUUAUAAAUACGAAUUCAAUCAACAAAACAAUCAAUUUCCAUCAGAAAAAUCCGCAUUUAUUGUACGUGAUAACGAUCUUCAACGCUUAUGGAAGAAAGUUAUACACAAAAUUAUCGAAUUUGGUGAAUUCAAAAAGAGAAAUUCAAUUGGCGAAUCAUAUUAUGAGUUAAUCGAUUUUACAUACGUAUUAGAAGCAGAAAAUCGAAAAUAUGAAACAAUUGAAACCACAGGAGAAGUUCCAAUCACAGAUGAAUUCCUGAAACACUAUAUCACCGAGAUUAUAUCUGAUAAAGUUCCUCCAGGACUUUCUUAUACUUAUGGCAACAGGAUUGCCCGCCAUUUAGAUGCAACAGUUAAGAAAUUACAAACCGAUCCUGUUACAAGGCAAGCACAUAUUUCAUUGUGGCUUGAUCAAGAUGUCUCUUCUCCAAAUCCACCAUGCCUCACUGAUAUUGACUUUAAUCUCCAAAAAAAUCGACUUUUCAUGACAUGUCAUUUCAGAUCUCAUGAUGCAUUUGCAGCUCUUCGCUCAAAUAUGUAUGGACUUGUCAAAUUACAAGAAAAGGUAAUUUCUCAGCUUCCUGGAGUUCGUGAAGGCCCUCUUGUUCUCAUGGCAAAUUCCUCUCAUAUUUAUGAAAGAGAUAUUGACACAAUCAAGCGCAGCAUUGUAUUCGGACCAGAAUGCAACGCAGAUAAGAGAGGAUACUUCACAGUCGCUGUCGAAGAAAAGAACAUUGUUAUUUGCCAUUAUGAUUAUGAAAACAAAUUACUUCAUAAAUGGUGCUUUGAUUCAUCUUCUGUGGAUAUCAACGUAAUGGACCAAGUCGGAUUCUACGUUACAGAUGUUCAUCAUGCCAUGUAUUUAAUGAAAGAAGUUACAAUUGCUGUAUUAUGUGCACAGAAAGGCCAAACAUAUGUUCAAGAUGAAACUUGGCCUUAA